AUGUCCGUUUUAGACUGUAACCAGAUUACAAUACAAAGUGCAUUUAAGUGUCUUUUGUACAUGCCGCUUAAAAUCUGCAGAGAGGUCAUAGAUGCUCCUGACCUCUAUAAUGAGAACCUCUAUAUGUGUGGAAGAGCCAUGCUUCGGCACCGGAACCACUCCGAACUGGAGUAUCACGGCCUUACCGAAAACCGACGUGAAACAACCACGUUGUGUUUCGCCGUGUGGUUGAGCUUACCGGAGACCCAACCCUUCCCCUUUCCCAAUUUCCAAAGCUUACUACGCUGUCAGCCGCAGCUACGCGGCUACGUGUCCGCUACGGGCUACGUGCUACGAGCUACUACGACUAAUACACUUUACUUUCUGGAAGGAUGGGCUCGCAUUGAAUACGACCACUUUCAGCCACAGCUGCGGGUGUAUCGCAAGCAGACGUCCCAUGCUGUACAGCGCACAGUGACGGCGAGUGCAGCGCUGCAGCGCCGGCUGGUGAUGCGCUCUUCAUUUAUACGUUCAUAG